AUGGCGACCAGUGACAAAGGUAACAAUACCUUCAUCAUAGUGCAAAUGCCUGCCAAAGAUGCCUGGCUACUGCAGCUGUCCGAUGUGGAGCUUGCUAAGGUUCUUGGCUGCCUGGAUGCUGAGUCCCUCCUGGAGGCGACAUCCCUGUGCUCUGAUGUGAGGGCCGCCGUGAAGCCAGCAGAGCAAUGGCUCUGGCAUCAGCUCCUAGAAGAGGAGCGCCUCAGCGAAGAGCAGGCCGCUGAUCAUUCACAGGAGCCAGAAAGCGGAGCGCUCCGCAAAGCUGAGGAAUUGCUCAGCCUGGGCUCUGAUCUUCCCCCAAAGCUCAUGUUCCGUUUGCGAAGGUGCGCCGGCAUUGCCUGUGGUGGAGGUGUCAUGUAG